CUGGUGAAACAACAUACAAAACUAAAUUAAGCUUACCAUUAGCAAUUAAAGCAGUACUUAUGCCUAUAUUUACAGAUUUGACAAAUAAAACAUUGUUAUCAAAAUGUUUGCACGGACAAACUCAAAAUAACAAUGAAAGUCUGAAUGCCUUAAUAUGGAAAAGAUGUCCUAAAGAUUUUUUUAUUGGGAAAAAGGUUCUUGAGAUAAGUAUGAACUCAGCUAUUAUAGCAAUUAAUGAUGGAAGCACAGCAGUUGAAAAAGUAAUUAGUGCUGGAGGUAUUGAACCAAGUAUGUUUAUGCAAGACGGACUUCGUAAAUUGGACCUCAUCCGAAUUAAAAAAAUAAAUCACAAAUCAAGUGCUAAAGGUAAAUUGAGGAGAAAAAAGCUUAGAGUCAUCAAAAAAGGUUACAUAUAUAUUGAAAAAGAACUGGAAAAGGACCCACAAUAUAAUAGUGGAGUUUGGGACCAUAUGCUGACUUGAAAUUUUCAGAGUGCUUUUGUUAUAAAU